AAAUAACAAAGGCAUGUGCCUGUCUCUCCUUGGUAUUUUCCACUCCGUUACAUAAAAUCCCUCCUUCCCUCUUCUCAGUCCCUUCCUCACUCUCCCCUCAGCUCCUCCCUCCUGCCCGCCAUUGGUCAGCUGGUCGGCUCCACAAAGCCACAAACUUGUUCUCGCCUCAUCCAAGUGGCUCAGAGUCCACUGAGGCGAAGAGGGGAAGCAGAGCAGCAGCGUUGGCGGCCAGCAUCAGUCACCUUGGGGCAGAGCGAGCUAGCGGAGGAGGCGGGAGAUGAUCGACAACCUCUCUGCUCAACUCUCACUGAUCAUCUCUGAUUGAUUAUCUCGGUUUUCUACGACUCUCUCCAGCAACAUGAGCUCCUCGUCGGCCAACCUUCACAACAAACGUCUGCCCUCGGAGACCGAGCGUGGCCAGAGGCUUCCAGAUGUGGACGCAGCACAGCAGCUCAAGUUGAGAGAGAGACAACGUUUCUUCGAGGAGGUCUUCCAGCAUGACGUGGACGCCUACCUGUCCUCGGCGCACCUGUGUAUCCGAGACUAUAAGAGGCCUCCAAUUGGCAGCAUCUCGUCCAUGGAGGUGAACUUGGACUUGCUGGACCAGAUGGACCUGAUUGAAAUCUCAGACCCGGAGGCCUCGGACGUCUUCUUCAGCUCUGGGGGAGAAGAGGAGGUGCUUGCCUCCCCGCUGCCAGGAAACAACAACAACGAGGAAGUCAUCAGUAACGGACUCUUUCGACAUGUCCUCGAGGGUCUUGAUGCCAAGUCCCGCAUGUCCUCCACGUCUUCAAACUCCUCCUCUGACAGCCAGACCACCAACGCCAACGGAGCGGACACCCCCAUAGUCAGGUCCGACGACGAGGAAACGCACACCGGCACAGUGAAGCGAAGAGCCGUGCCUCCAGAGAUAGAGAAGGUGAAAAGUAAGACUGCAUCGCCGUCUUCGUAGGACGCACCCUCUCCACCUGCAGCGCAGCAGUUGACACCUCAGCCGGGGGGGGCGAAGAGUGGACUUUGGGAUGCGUGCUUUUGAAAGAGGCCUCUCAGCUGAGACUGUCUUCCACACACUGGCUCUUAUCACUGCUUUCAGCCUUCCUUGUGAUUUAUGAGUUGUUGGUUGGGUUCUGUGUGUGUUUUGGAGGUGGGAACCGUGAAGUGUAAAUAUGGAGAUUUAUUAAUUCUCACCGGUUUCUAUUCAUGUCUUGGCAUGUUUUGACGGACAAGAUUUGUUCCCCUGUUUCUGACCUUAAAGGACUUGUUGUUGAUGAAUGAUGCAUUUUGUACAGUAUUAACACAACCCAGGGCAGUAAAGCAGUGACUGGAAUAAUAAAAAGGAUAAUUGGAUGACUUUAAGAGGUACAUUUGACAAUAGAAGGCUUCAUACUGUUUUUGAAAGCAACACAUUGUCCUGCUGAUAUUCCCGGUUUUAUAGCUCCAAUUUUAAACGAAUCUCUAACAAGAUUUCUUUGUUUUAACAAUAAAGGAAGAGAGGAAAAUGUC